AUGGCUACAAAUAUUAAAAAAAAUAAAGUUUUGUAUUUUUUAAAUAAUGAGAUAAAUAAUGAUGAUGAUUAUAAUGAAAUAAAUCAAGAAUUUUUUUUAAAAAAUAAUAUGGAUUGGAGUCAAUUGAAAUCAAUAAAUAGCCAAAAUUGGGAAAAUAAAAAUACCCAUUUUAAUAAUGAUUCAGAAAUCGAUUACACAAUAAUAAACAGCGAUUAUUAUAAUAAUAAUAAUUUAAAUAGUUCAAAAAUGAUUGUGGAAAAAAAGAAAACUCAAUUAAAAAAUUAUUUAAACAAAUUUAAUAAUAACCCCCCCAAAAAUACUUUAAAUAAAAGACGAUAUGAAGAUCUAUUAGAAGAAUAUACAAAAAAAAAAAAAAGUCAUAAUUUAUCAAUGAUGAAUAUAUCUGAUGAUGAUGUUUUUUUAUUUGAAUAUAAUGAACAAUAUAAAAAUAAAUAUGGCUUUGAGUUUUGUGAAAAUUAUAAAAAUACUUACAUAACCCCCCGUACAUGUUCAAAUACAUCAUUGGAUAAAAAAAUAAAUAUUUUUGGUAAUGGAAAAAUAAUAAAUAAAACAAAUGUAUUUAACAAUUAUUAUAUUGGAGAUAAUACAGAUACAACAAAUGAUAGCAAUUAUGAUUUUGAUGACAAUAAUAAUAAUAAUUUUUUUCAAAAUAUAGGAAUAGACAAUAUAUAUGGGUCUUUUGUUGAAGAUGACAAAAAUUCAUUUAUUUUAACAAAGAAUAUGAAAAAAAAAUUUAAAAAUUUUCUUGAAAAAAAAAAAAAAAAAAGAGAUCGUAAUAAAGAAUGCUUAAUAAAUUUUAAUUAUAAUAAAUUAUAUGGCGGAAAUAAAAACCCAAAUGAAAUUGAUGCAAUGUAUUAUAAAAAUGAAUAUAUAUUGAAUGACAUGCAUGGAAACACAGAAGUGAUAAAAAAAAACCAUGAUGAUGAUAUUUGUGAAGAUGAAAAUGAAAGAAUAAAAAUCGGUAUGAACACUUUUGAAAAAAAAAAUCAAUUGAGUUAUGAACAAAUUGAAGAUAACAAUGAUGAACUUAUUAAAGAAAAGGAAACAGAUAAUGAAAUAUCAGAGAAUCAUCAAAAUGAAAUAAAUAAUAUUUCUGUGGAAGAAAAUAUAAAAAUAAGCAAAUUAUCAAUUUCCGAAGAAAUAGAUAAAGAAAACAAAAUCAAUGCAUUUAAUUUAAUAAAAAAUAAUAAAGAAAUAAGAUCAAAUAUUUACAAUUUAGAAAUUAAUAAUUGUUAUAAUAAUAGAUUAGAAAAAAAUAAUGAUAAAGAAAUGAAAUUUUACACACCAGUACGUAUAGUUGAUAAUGCUCAAAUAUUUAAAAUUAAAACUGGGAUAGAAGAAGAGAGCAAUACAUAUAAUCAAAAUACAUUAGGAAGUAUGAUAGAAAAUAUAAUCAAAGAUAUUUCAAAUGAAGCAGAACAAAAGUCAUUUACAGAUAUAGAAGCAGAAAAAUCAUUAGGUUCUGCUACUCCAUCCUUAGUUGAACCCACUACUAUUAAUUUUACUAAUAAUGAAUCCACAGAGAAUGAAAAAAAGUGUGCAUCUAAUCCAAAAGGGGAUGAAAAAGAAAAAAGGGGUUCUGAUAAAAAUGCAACAAAUAGAAGCAGCAAUUCGCAUGAAAAAGAAACAAAAGAUAGCAGUAAACAAAUAUCAGUUAAUGAUAUUAAAGUAAAAAAAGAAAAUGAUGAAAAUAAUGAUAGUAAUAAUGAUAAUGAAAAAGAAGAUAGUGAAGCGAGUAAAAGUGAAGAAAAAGAUUCAGAUGAUGAAGAGAAUGAAGAUGAUAAAGAAAAAGGGAAUGAAAAUAAAAAUAUGAACAAUUCAGAACAUAAUGAAAAACCAAUUGAUGAAGAUAGUGUAUCUAAUGAUCCUAGUGAUUAUGAAAAAACAGAUAAUAAAAAAUAUUUGAAAAAAAAUGAAAACCCUCCCAAAAAAAGAAAUUUAUUUUAUAAUAACAUGUCUAAUAAAAUUUCAAAAUUUUUCUUUUUUUCUUCAAAAAAAAAAAAUGAAAGUUAUUCAGAUAAUUAUUCAGAAGAAUCAUCAGUUGUAAGUUAUAGCGACAAUUCUGAUAGAAGUUAUGAAAAUCAAAAAAAGGAAAACCAAUCAAACAAUAAAGAUGAAGAUGAUCGAUUUGAGGAAAAAGAAAUAUUGGAUAGUGCCCAGUCAGAGAAACGUACGAGUUUAAUCGAAGAUGAAAAAAUUGAGGAUGAAAAAAUUGAAGAUAAAAAAAUUGAGGACAAUGCGAUUUUGGGGGUAGAUGAUGGUGCAGAAAAAGAAAAUUCAAAAGUUGCAGAUGCAGAUACAGAUGAAAUUGGUGGUGUAAAUAAUGAACAUAUAAUUGAGAAAAAAAAUACUAAAAAAAAUAAUAAGAAAGCAAAAAAAAAUAACGAUACAAAAAUAAAAAAGGAAAAUAGUAAUAAUUCUGAUAUAGAAUCUAGGACAUGUAAUAUAUGUAAUGCUGUAUUUGUAAAAGGUAAAUUAAUGCAAAGACAUUUAAAAAGCGUCCAUUCAAAUGAAAGGCCAUAUGAAUGUGAUAUUUGUUUUAAGAGAUAUAAAAGGCCUGAUCAUUUAAAGUUGCAUUUAAUGAAACAUACAUCUAAUAGAAAUGAAAAAAAAUUUGAAUGUUCUACAUGCCAUUCAGUUUAUUUAACAGUUAGACAAUUAGAUAACUGUAAAUUAAAACACUUAAAAAAUCCAAAUAAGAAUGUUACUGAUAAUAAUCAGGGAUCUACUACUAUAUUGACAAGAAAAAUGGUUUCCUCACUAAAGAAGUGUAAUAACAUAAAUAAAGAAAAUAAUAUGAUGGAAAAUAUAUCUCAAAAAAAAAAUAAUGAAUCGGAAGAAAACAAGGAAAAUGAAAAAGGUAAAGAGGUUAAUAAUAAUGAUGAAAAUGAUAACAAUAAUACUGAUAAUAUAGAAAAUAAAAACCAGAAAGAAGAUGAGAAUAAUAUUAGCAAUAAUUUAGAAAAUAAUACAAAUGAUAAUAUUAAUUUGCCUGAAAUAAAAAGGGAGGCACCAGAACAAAAUAGUAAUAUCCCUGUUGAAAUAAGAACAUGUAAUGUUUGUAGUAUGGUAUUUUCAAAUAAGAAAUUGAUGAAAAGGCAUUUAAUGAGUGUGCAUACAGAUUCUAGACCAUAUAAAUGUGAAUUAUGUUUGAAAACAUAUAAAAGGUCAGAUCAUUUAAAAAAACAUAUAUUAACUCAUGAAGAUAAUAAGGUAAAAACAAAAUAUAAAUGUGCAAUAUGUCAAAUUGAAUUUGACACACAAAAAGAAUUAAAGGAGCAUAAAAUACGACAUUACCAAUGCCCAUAUGAAAACUGUUCAUAUCAUUAUUCAACUAUUUCAAAUAUGAAAUAUCAUUUAAAUAAGCAUAAAUGCAAUCUUUAUUAUUCUUGCCCAGUUUGUAAUGAACAAUUUUAUAUAUAUAAAGAAUUUAUACAACACAAAAGAUCAUGUUUUAAAAAAAAAUAUGUGUGCUUACAAUGUAAUAAAAUAUAUUUACAUUCUAAUGGAUAUAACAAGCAUAUUAAAAAAGUUCAUUUAAAAAUUUUCAAAAAUUAUAAAUGUACUAUAAAUAAUUGCUACAAAGAAUUUGCCUCAGAGUUUAGUCUAAAAGAGCAUAUUAUUAAUUUUCAUCAUCAUGUUAAACGAUUUUUUUGUUCAGAAUGCAACAUAUCAUUUGGUUAUCGUAGUUCAUAUAGACGUCAUAAUGUUAAUGUACAUUCAUGA